AUGUCUCAACAAUUACACAGAUAUUCUCUUGCACUCUAUAAAAGAUUAUUAAAAAAGUCACAGGAAUUUCAUGUGAGGAAUGAACCAGGACCUAAUAGAAGUUAUCGUGUUAGUUAUUUAAUUCCUGGAAAUAAUUUUCAUGAAUAUUUAUCAGUAGAAAUUAAAAAACAUUUCAGACAAGCACAAAGGCUUUUUAAAGAACAAAAAAAGACUUCGGAAUGGUUUGAACAACAAUUUCAAGAUGGAUGUUUAAUUUAUAAAGGAUUAGAAAGAGCAAUGGAAGAUGGAUAUAAUCAAACUCAUAAUAAGAGAAAGGCUAUUCGUUUAAGUCCUUUUAUUCAUAUAUUAAAGGCUGCUUCUGGUGAACAUGGAAAUCAUCAUUAUCAUCAAAAAUUGAAGGAAAUUUUCAUAUUAGCUACUUUAAUGACUUAUCAAAAGGCUUCCGAACCUAUUACACAACAAGAUUUACAAAAAAAUAAUACUACUAUUGAAAAACAACAUUCAAAAUAA